UGUCACUGACUGUGCAGGUUCAGCCAAACAAUAUCCUGCUUAACUACCGCUGUCACAAAGAAACGGGACAUGGUGCAGCAUAAAGGAUGACUUCCACUAAGGACGUUAGCUUGGCAAGAGCUCCACGGGAACUCACACAGAAUCCUUUAAAGAAAAUAUGGAUGCCGUGUAAAAAUGGGCUUCCUGAAAAGCAUAUUUCACAGAGAAAGGUAUGUAUGACCAACUGUCCCACCGUCAUUGUGACGGUUGGACUGCCAGCCAGAGGGAAGACUUACAUUUCUAAGAAGCUGACCCGCUACCUCAACUGGAUAGGUGUACCUACCAAAGAGUUCAAUGUGGGCCAGUACAGAAGAGAGUGUGUGAAGAUUUACAAGUCCUUUGAGUUUUUCCGUCCAGACAACGAGGAGGGCCUGAAGAUCAGAAGGCAGUGUGCAUUGGCGGCUCUGAAUGAUGUCCGCCAGUACCUGAGUGUGGAGGGAGGGCAGGUGGCGGUAUUUGAUGCCACAAAUACCACCAGGGAGAGGAGAGGGACCAUCACUAGGUUUGCUGAGCAGAAUGGCUUUAAGGUGUUUUUUGUAGAGUCAGUGUGUGAGGACCCAGACGUGAUAGCAGAGAACAUAGUACAAGUGAAGCUGGGUAGUCCAGAUUACAUUGACUGUAACACAGAGGAGGCUGUAGAGGACUUCAUGAAGAGGAUCAAGUGUUAUGAGAACUCCUAUCAGCCUCUGGAUGAGGUGCUAGACAAGGAUCUGUCCUACAUUAAGGUCAUGGACGUGGGCCGGCGCUACCUGGUCAACCGGGUCCAGGACCACAUCCAGAGCCGCAUUGUCUACUACCUGAUGAACAUCCACAUCACCCCACGCUCCAUAUACCUGUGUCGCCACGGCGAGAGCGACCUUAAUGUCAAGGGACGCAUCGGUGGAGACUCAGGCUUGUCCGACAGGGGCAAGGAGUUUGCCAAAUGUCUUGGGAGGUUUAUCCAGGACCAGAACAUAAAGGACCUAAAGGUUUGGACGAGUCAGAUGAAGAGGACGAUCCAGACUGCUGAGGCACUCGGCGUGCCUUAUGAACAGUGGAAGGCCCUCAACGAGAUAGACGCAGGUGUGUGUGAGGAGAUGAUGUAUGAAGAGAUCCAGGAGCAUUUCCCUCUAGAGUUUGCCCUGAGAGACCAAGACAAAUACCGCUACCGCUACCCUAAAGGAGAGUCCUAUGAGGACCUGGUGCAGCGGUUAGAGCCAGUCAUCAUGGAGCUGGAGAGGCAGGAGAACGUGCUGGUCAUCUGUCACCAGGCCGUCAUGCGCUGCCUGCUGGCCUACUUUUUGGAUAAGACUGCAGAGGAGCUGCCUUAUCUGAAGUGUCCUUUGCACACUGCAUUGAAGCUGACCCCUGUGGCUUAUGGCUGUAAAGUGGAAUCUGUAGCCUUGAAUGUGGAAGCAGUAAACACUCACAGGGACAGGCCAGAGAAUGUUAAUGUGCAGUGCAGCAAAGAAGAUGCUCUGCAGACAGUCCCAGCUCACCUCUGGUCAGGGUUCCUGCGGUGUCUAAAAUUCUGAACUUUAAAUUUAAGGCCUUAAAACGUCUUAAAAUCGUUAAAUUAAUCUGAUUAAUUAAUUAGUCAGGUCAAAAAAAGGUUGUACCCUCGUUCAUUUCCAGAAACGCUAGCCGCAGAAAGUUAUUACAAAGUAGCAAAAAAGUAUUGAGUCGUAGCCUACAAAGCGGAGCUCUAGAGUGAACUAAACUAAAGAGAAUCUUCCUGAGAUUAACAAGCGUUUGGCAGAGGAGAGAGACGAUAUUUAUGAAAUUGAAGGUGAAGUUCCACAUCUCACAUGACCACAAUGUAACUUUUAAGUUGAAAUAAAUUUAAAAUUUGGAUUUGAACCCAGGUUGUUGCGGUACUGCACCAGCAUGUCUGAAAGAGCAUGCCCACUAACCCAGUGAGUUAAAAGGGGAGCCCUGCUUUCUUCUGGUUUUCUGACACCCCAACUCUGCAGGUUGUUACAACUACAUAGUUCAAUGUCAAAUUUUAUGUUGAGUGGAGAUUGUUAUGAUCCCUGAUAGCUCAGUGGUUAAGGAUGUGAUCUACUGUGGGUGGGGUCUUGUGUUCUAAUCUGUCUGAAGGAUCUUCUUACAGCUACAUUUUUGCUCUUGGACUUGUAAAUAAAACUCGACAUAUAAAUAAAACUGAUAAAAGAUUUAGACUCUUGGUUGAACCUUUCCUGGUGGGACAGGGGAUCUAGACAGUCAGGGAGUGCGCUGUGGUUACAGGAAUCUGGGCCCACGGAUGAGUUUGGCACUGCUCUGUGCUGGUUUUGAACCCAGGUUGUUGUGGUGUAGGCCCUUGUUCUC